CUCCAGCAGGACAAAGAGGACAGCUGGCGUGCUGAAAGGGGAGCAGGACGCUGGGAAUAAUCAUCACGGCGUGCUGAAAGGGGAGCAGGACGCUGGGCGCUGCGCCAGAGGACUAAUCAUCACGGGGCGGGGGAGGGGGGGGAUAACCUCACGCCACGCUUGAGCGAUGUUCCGCGGGAAUCUCUCUCUGGCUACUGAGGCUCGCUGACGGACUAAUGGAGGGACUCGGCGGCUUGUCAUGCUUGAAUGGCAGCUCGGAACAAGCGAAGGAGUCCCAGACCUUCUUGGUGACCGCUGCCAGAUCCACUGUGGGGUGACGUGGUGGAGCCAGGAGCCCCCAUAGCCUCCCCCGUCCCCGUCUUCUCCCUUCUGUGGCCUAAAUGAUCUCCUGGACUUCUUCGCUGCUCCGCCGUCGCCUCUUGGGCUCCUCCAUAUUUCCUACAGACAACCAUGUUCCAUCACCGGGUUUGAUCCUUCUGUCAUCCCCACCCUCUUCCCAGUCUCCUGCCCUCUGACCCUCUUGUUUUCUACUCCCCCUGUCCUUGGUGGCCCUCCCCGAACCCAUUCCCCCCCUAUGACCAUGUUGCCAUGUGUCUGCUGGCUCCAGCCGAUCCUCAUGGUGCUGACCUCUGUCUUCUGGACCCGGGGGGAGAACUGUCCUGCAACGUGCUUGUGCCCGGACCCCCACACGGUGGACUGCAGCGGCCGCGGGCUGACCCACCUACCCGAUGAGAUCCCCCUGGAUGUGCGCAGGCUCCUGCUGGCCGACAACUGGAUACACCGCAUCCCCUCCGACUUCCUGGUUCUGUACAGUGACUUGGUCUACCUUGACCUCCGGAACAACACCCUCACCUAUAUCGAACCAGGGACUCUCAGCACCUCCUCCAGGCUGGUCUUCCUGGAUCUGGGCAGCAACAACUUGACGGAAAUCCCCAAGGGGACGUUCGGGGAGUCCCGCAGUCUGAUCAAGCUCCGUCUUGGCAACAAUCCCUACCUGAGUAUAGUGAGCGAGGACGCUUUCCUGGGCCUCACCUCGCUCCGGGAGCUGGAACUGGAGCGGAAUGCGCUGUCCAGCCUCCAGGUGGGGGCCCUAGAUCAGCUGCCCUCCUUGCGGGAGGUGAGGCUGGAGGGUAACCCCUGGGUGUGCAACUGCAACUUUGCCAACCUCUUUGCGUGGCUGAUGGAGAACAGUCACAAGCUUCCCAACGGAGUGGAAGGCAUGGAGUGCUCCCUGCCCAUGGACGGCCGGCGGGUGUCCCUGAGCCAGCUCUCCAAGGACAGCUUCCGCGAGUGCCAGGCCAGCCUGACCCUCACAGACCUGCUCAUCAUCAUUUUCUCUGGCAUCUCCGUGUCCGUGGUGGCCAUCAUGACCAGCUUCUUCCUGGCGUCCACCGUCCACUGCUUCCAGCGCUGGAGUAAAGGCUCCAAGGGCGACGAGGAGGAGAGCGAGGAGUGACAAGGGGCUCCUCUAAACCUGGACGCUUCCAACCUGGGCAAGACUCCACGGGGGCCGGAUUGAUGCCACUUUCUCCCUGGUGAACGCCCAGGACUGUGGUUUUCUUUGCACACGGCCAUCUAAUCAUGGUACGGUAUAUAUUAGUGGGUGAUGCCCCGCUCCACCCAACAUGGUCUCCCAUCUCAAACAUAGCUAGGGUAGCACUUUGCAUAGAAGGUGCAGGGAAGAUCAUACAACUUCCACAAUGUUCACACUUGUAGCUCGUACACUGUUACACUGCCCUUCUUUAGAACCGCACCUAAAAGCACAACAAAGGGUGUGACGGUACACCAUCAUCGCACUUUGGUACUUGCACCUUUUUUUGGUUCAUUUUUGGUACAGUAAGCGUAAAACAUGCAAAACAUAAAACUGUG